AUGGAGGUGAUUACAUAUGUUGAUGAAGAGACUGAAGAACAAGAAGCUAAGCUGGAUAAUAUGAAUACUUUUUCACAUGUUCCUCCUGGUUUCCGAUUCCAUCCGACGGAUGAAGAACUUGUUGAUUACUACCUCAGGAAAAAGGUUAGUUCAAGAAGGAUUGACCUUGAUGUCAUCAAAGAUGUAGACCUCUAUAAAAUUGAGCCAUGGGAUCUUCAAGAAUUAUGCAGAAUAGGGACAGAAGAGCAAAACGAAUGGUACUUUUUUAGCCAUAAAGACAAGAAGUAUCCCACUGGAACUCGAACAAAUAGAGCCACCGCUGCAGGCUUCUGGAAAGCCACAGGUAGAGACAAGGCCAUUUACUCAAAGCAUGACUUAAUUGGCAUGAGGAAGACCUUAGUAUUCUAUAAAGGGCGAGCCCCAAAUGGACAAAAGUCAGAUUGGAUUAUGCACGAAUACCGUCUUGAAACCGAUGAAAAUGGAACUCCACAGGAAGAAGGCUGGGUUGUGUGUAGGGUUUUCAAGAAGAAAAUUGCAAGCAUGAGAAUUAAAAUGAGUGAACAUGAGUCACCAUGUUGGUAUGAUGACCAAGUCUCCUUCAUGCCGGACUUGGACUCACCAAACCAAAACUCAAACUCCAACAUUAAUAUGGCACCAUACCACCACCUUCCUUACCCUUGCAAGAAAGAGCUGGAUCACUUGCCAGCUUUCCAGGUUCCCCAUGAGCACUUCUUCCAGCUCCCUCUUCUGGGGAGCCCAAAACUACUCCAAUCUUCAGCCACAGGUGUAAGCAGCUCCAACUCCAUGGCAGCUCAUGCAUAUAGUAUUGACAUCAACCACGCUUGCACUUUUCAGCCGUCGGAUCAAGAUCAAAACUUUCAUGGAGCAGUCUAUGGUAAUAACAGUAAUGAUGAUCAUCAGCAAGCCGUAGAUCAACUGACCGAUUGGCGAAUGCUUGACAAGUUUGUAGCUUCACAGCUCAGCCAGGAUGAUGCUUCAAAUAAGGGAAAUAGCUACUCAUGA